CCUUCUUUCUAAUGCAUGUAGAAAGUUAUAAUCGACUCCCGGUGGAUGCUCUCUCGCGCUAAAAUGGCAGUUUAAAGGCGUGCAGCGGCUAUCCUUGCAGCGGCAACAACCCGGCAGUGCAGCGGCUAAGUGCACUGGCUAUUUCUGGCAAAAUGGCGUCUCUCUCAGCAACCACCCUCAGCUUUGCUGCAGUCGACAGCGGUAUCGAACCCCUCGACUUAACGUCAACAGACCCGCCUUUGUUUUUAUUCACCCUUUCACGGCUAACACUGACCAGCAGCAGUGAUGACACUCUCCCAGCUGGCCUUGGAGGACGUGGAGGCCCUGUACUUAGGGCCCUCGUUUCUGACGGCUGACCCCAUGGGGCCCCUUCUGGACCAAGAUGAAGAAGAAGCUCUUUCUCCCUCCUUCUCUCUAGAGGGGAAGGUGCCAGCUUCGCCCCCCCUCUCUUUGUCCUCCUACGCAUCUUCCUGGUCUCCCUACCAGACCGUGUCAUCCUCCCCACUCUCUUCUGCAUCCCCGCCUCACUCUCCUCCUCCCACCCAACCCUCCUCCUCCUUGGGAACCAAGGCCGGAGUGAACCCAUCGACCCUCCCCUGGCUGGUUGACAGCGACUUGCUCGACGCCCAUGUCGGAGCAGACGCUUGUAAAGAUGACGCUUUUGCGGGCAUGGACUGGAUGUCAGAAAAAAUCGACUUGAGUGAAUUUGACUUGGAUUCCCUCAUUGGCUCCUGCUCGUCCGAUGAGUCUCCCAGCUCCCCCGAGGAUCUCCUGGCCUCCCUCGACUCCCACAUGGAUCUAGAGCUAGGUUCAUUUGACACAAACAUCCCCACCCCACACGAAAGCCUGGAACUGGAGCUUUCACUGCCCAGCAUCCCCUCUCUCCCCCUGGAGCUGCCUCUCCCUGGAGCAGCUGAAGCAAAGAAGACAGAAGUGUCUCUUGACCUGGAGGUUGUUAUGAAGUGUGAGCCUCCCUCCCCGGCUCCUUCACCAUCUCCCCCCUCUCCAGCCUACACAGUGGAGCUGGGGAGUGAAAUGGAUGUCCUGGAUGCAGAGAAAACAUCCACACCCCUAACAGCCACCAUCAUUCCAGAUCUCAGUGGAAGCGUUCAGACCCCCAGCCCCAUUGUGCUCUCUAUUCCCCCCUCUGGCCACAUCGUGGUGUUGCUCACCAAAAACGAUGAGCCCUCCUUCGUAUCUUUCCCCGACCAGUCCAUUAAAAUCUCUCCAUCAAGCGACUGCGACAGCGACUCAGGCAUAGAGUCUGUUGCUGGCUCACCUGCUCGCCUCCCCUCUACUCCUUCCACCCCCUCUCCCACAGCUGGAUCCUCCAGGACCAAACCCUACUCCAAACCAGAGCCCGCCUCCGCUUCCCUCUCCUCUGCCAAGAGCUCCAGGGUCAAAUCGGUGUCUGGUGCUCCCAAGGUAGUGGAGAAGAAACUCAAGAAGAUGGAGCAGAACAAGACGGCAGCCACUCGCUACAGACAGAAGAAGAGGGUCGAGCAGGAGCUGCUUGGCACAGAGCUGGAAGGCCUGGAGAAGAGGAAUCACGAGUUGACGGAGAAGGCGGAGUCCAUCAGCCGGGAGAUUCAGUACCUUAAGGACCUGAUGGAGGAGGUUCGUAAGCACCGCCGCGGAAAGACCAGCUCAGUGGCUUAGAAACCAGAUUGUGUAGAAGUCAGUCUGCUGUUACCGCUUCUGCAGAGUAGUGACGGCGUUGUUUCUGCUCCAAUACUCACAUGCCAUAACAGAGUCCACUUGUAUUAAGUCUUGUACGAGAUUAAGAAAUGGCAUGCGAGGCUGGAUGUAUGAAACUCGCCACUGAACAGAAGAGGGAAUGGCUGGAUGAAAAUGGAAAAGCUCUGGAAGUUGAGAUUAUUAGCGUAGACGGGGGGCUGGGGGGUAGUCGGGUGAAGCAUCUGUACAUGCUUGUCUCUCAGUCCCCUGUUAGAAUCCCCACAAUGUACUCCCUGUCUUACUAGCAGUACUUGUACAGACAAGGUGUGUAUUUGUCUUUGUAGACUAGGCAUGCUGAACAGUCACCAUAGGUCCUGGUAGUGUAGACUUUUAACCCUUUUGACAAGAUAUUCCUUCACACUCCCAGCAUCAGUCAGUACCCAGAACCCUGCUCAGCUUCAAUACCGUAACUCCUGCGUCAGUAAAGUGAGAUACCACUGCUUUGUUGUUAUCCCCUCUUUUAACCCAAUGUCACUCUUUUGACCUUCUUCUUAACUGCUUCAAGUCCAGAAAGGGGCCUCAAACUAUUCAUGAAAUCUUGAUGUUACACUGUCAAUGUCCUUUUUUUGUUUGUUUGUUUUUUUUGAGGCGUGUGUAUGUAUAUAUAGUUUUCUCCUCCUCUGCUCGCCGAUUGUGGCUUUUGUUAUUUAGUGCUGAUAAAGCCUGAUAACUUCUUGAGUAACUCCAUCUUAGUGGAGCUGUUGGGCUUGUAAAAUGCUUUUUUUUUUCUUCUUUUUCUAAUAAAUAUCUAUCAGUACUAACGCGA